AUUUCCCCAAAAAAAAACAUCAUGACUAAAAAUUUCGAUUUCUUCUCCCAAUGCUAGCGAAACAAAAAGUAACAGGAAAAUUAUUACAACAAUACACGAAAUCUUUUACAGCCCAUUCCGAUGAUUUCCUUCGAAUAUUUUCAUCCAUAUUUUUUGCGAGAAGACGAAAGCAGCACCAGAGCAGCUCCCAUUCUCAGACACAGAUCUGCUAAUUGAUCUCCAAUCCGAUCCGUUUUUCGUAUUGUAGAACAUAAAAACUAUUUUUUCCGCCCAAUCUUUUGACGCUCCAGUUUCAGUUCCUCGUUGAUUUUGUACGGUCUUUUUCUUCUUCUUUCUGCAGAUCAGUGGAUGAUAUCGCUAUUUUGGCGUCGAUCCAUUCAAUUAAGGUGCUCGCUUAUUUACAAAACGAUUUCGACAGAUCCGCAAUAGACAUGGAUUACUGAGGGCUUCGCAUUUGCUGCACAGCUUAUUAAAUCCAAUUUCUGAGAGUUGAACAUUUCGAAUCGGAAAUUUGAACUCAUGAACGCCUUCACAAUGGGGACCCGAUUGAGGGACAUGAUUCGGGCCAUCCGUGCCUGCAAAACUGCUGCUGAGGAGCGUGCUGUUGUCAGAAAGGAGUGUGCAGCGAUACGCACUUCAAUUAGUGAAAAUGAUCCAGAUUAUAGGCAUCGUAAUCUGGCAAAGCUCAUGUUCAUUCAUAUGCUUGGCUACCCCACACAUUUUGGGCAAAUGGAAUGCCUGAAGUUGAUUGCAUCUGCAGGCUUUCCUGAGAAACGUAUAGGAUAUCUUGGCCUCAUGUUGCUUCUAGAUGAAAGGCAGGAAGUACUUAUGCUGGUUACAAAUUCUCUCAAACAGGACUUGAAUCAUAUGAACCAGUACAUAGUUGGGCUUGCGCUUUGUGCACUUGGAAACAUAUGCUCAGCUGAAAUGGCUCGUGACCUUGCCCCAGAAGUUGAGAAACUUCUUCAAAAUAGCAAUGCCAACAUCCGCAAAAAGGCAGCUUUAUGUUCUGUACGAAUAAUACGCAAAGUACCAGAUCUUGCAGAGAAUUUCAUGAAACCUGCUAGUGCUUUGCUGAGUGAAAAACAUCACGGAGUUCUAAUUGCUGGCAUUCAGCUUUGCACAGAGCUCUGCAAAGCAAGUACUGAGGCCCUUGAUUAUAUAAGGAAGUACACAAAGGAUUUAGUUCGUAUUUUGAAGAAUAUGAUCACAAGUGGAUAUGCACCUGAGUAUGAUGUUGGUGGAAUUACGGAUCCUUUUCUGCAAAUAAGAGUACUUAGGCUCCUUCGUAUUUUAGGAAAGGGGGAUGCAGAUUCAAGUGACAUUAUGAGUGACAUUCUUGCUCAAGUGGCCACCAAUACAGAGUCCAACAAGAAUGCUGGGAAUGCAAUACUUUAUGAGUGUGUACAAACUAUAAUGGCAAUUGAAGCCAUAGGUGGACUCCGUGUGCUUGCUAUCAACAUUCUUGGUCGUUUUUUGUCAAAUCGAGACAACAACAUCAGAUAUGUUGCCCUUAAUAUGCUCAUGAAGUCAGUUUCUGUGGAUUUUCAAGCAGUACAAAGGCAUCGAGCUACCAUACUAGAAUGUGUUAAGGACUCUGAUACUUCAAUCAGAAAAAGAGCUCUGGAGCUUAUAUUUGUUCUUGUCAAUGACACUAAUGUAAAACCGUUGACAAAAGAACUACUUGAGUACUUGGAAGUAAGCGAUCCAGAAUUCAAAGGUGAUCUUACUGCCAAGAUCUGCUCCAUUGUUGAAAAGUUUGCCCCAACUAAACUGUGGUAUAUUGACCAGAUGAUCAAAGUUCUUGUUGAGGCUGGGAGUUAUGUCACAGAUGAUGUAUGCCAUACUCUUAUUGUUGCAAUAAGCAAUGCAAUGGACCUUCAAGGAUAUACUGUGAGGUCACUUUAUCGAGCGUUGCAGCAUCAGAAUGAACAUGAAAGUCUUGUUCGUGUUACCAUUUGGUGUAUUGGUGAGUAUGGUGAAAUGCUGGUAAACCAUGCUGGUGAACUAGAUGGGGAGGAACCUUUGACAGUAACAGAAUCAGAUGCGGUGGAUGUUAUAGAGGCAGUUUUGAAAGGAUCAUCAACAGACAUGACUACCCGAGCAAUGACCUUAACAUCCUUGUUGAAGUUAUCAUCUCGUUUCCCACCUUGCUCAGAGCGGAUCAAAGGUUUGAUAAUUCAACAUAAGGGAAACUUUGCUCUCGAGUUGCAACAGAGAUCCAUUGAAUUCAGCUCAAUUCUUCACAAGCAUGAAAAUAUUAAGUCUGCUUUGGUGGAACGAAUGCCAGUUUUGGAUGAAUCAGCAUAUGCUGGAAAGAAAGCUGACACUGCAGGUGCAGUUCUUACUACAGAGAGUAGUGCUAAAGUUUUAUCUCCAGGAACUCCUACAAACCUUGCAAAUGGAGUAAGCAAGCCACCAACAAAUGCUCUUAUGGACUUGCUUGAUUUAAGUGUGGAAGAUACUCCAUCUCCAACUGUGUCUUCUGGUGACAUUCUUCAAGAUCUAUUAGGAAUUGGUUCUUCUCCAGCUCCAGCAUUACCUGGUUUAGGCAAUGCUUCAGUUGGAAAUGCAGAUGUUCUUUUGGAUCUCCUGUCUAUUGGGACACCUCCUGCUCCUGUGCAAUCAACUUCUACAGCAUCGACCUUGGCAUCAUCCACUCAAGCACAAGCAGCACCAGUUACUAUUGUAGACCCAUUAUCACAAUUGGCAUCUUUAGCAUCUUCUGUUUCUCCAUCACACGAGCAAAGAGUGACAUCAUCUGUUAGUGACAACAGAUCCACAGGUUUAGCAGUAAAUGGAAUUCAUGGAGUUACAAAGACAUCUUUGCCACCUUCUUCUACAGUUGAUUUAUUAGGAGAUUUAAGUCCUGUGGCAGCUCCAGCAGUAUCUGGAGACAGUGUUCCAACAUAUCCAUCAAUAGUGGCAUUCCAGAGCAAAUCCUUGAAGGUCACUUUUGAUUUUACAAAGCAGCAGGGCAAACCCCAACUUACAUUAGUGCAAGCCAGUUUCACAAAUUUGACCUCCAAUACAUUUACAGAUUUCAUUUUCCAGGCAGCUGUGCCAAAGUUUAUGCAACUCCAUUUGGAUCCAGCAAGUAGCAACAUCCUUUCACCUGGUGUUAAUGGAAAAAUCGUGCAAGGUCUGAGUGUCAAUAACAGUCAGCAUGGCCAGAAAUCUCUUGCAAUGAGAGUACGGAUCGCCUACAAAGUGAGUGGCCAAGAUGUUGUUGAACAAGGGCAGGUCAACAAUUUUCCUGCAGGUUUAUAGUAACUAUAUUUUUGUGUUCUGGGAUUUUUUGAGUUAACUGUUGUUUAUGUUGAUUUGGAGGCAAACUGGUGAAAGUGGCGACAUUUAGUUGAUCACUGCUUUCCGGAGCAUAUAGCAAAUAUUCUUUGUACAUUAGAGUUAGGUAUGAAGAUGUCAGUUGGAAGAUCCAAUUCAACUAAUGGAUUGAAAGGUUUAUUUAAUGUUUUUGAAAUAAUAUCCAGCAGAUUGCUUUUUAGGCUGGGAAAAGGUUUCUCAAAUGUCUUGGUGCACAUCAUAAACUCAAUACUAGAUGUUGUAAACUAGAGCAGUUUUCUUGAAGCAUUUAAGCUUUAGAGGAUUACUGGCAUCUUCAAGACAAUUGCCCACUGUAUUAAUUUUGUUAUAGAUCUACAGAGGACUCUUGGAAUUUUUCA